UUUCUGUUGAGCGCACGUUUGUAGCGCUAUAGUAAAUAAACCGACUGGAUGGAAAGUGAGUCAGCUUACAUUAGCCAACAAUUUUGAAUCCCAUUUGUUUAAGUCACCUGUCACUGAAUCUGCUGGACUUGUCCUUAGACGGUCUAUUUUGUAGCAGCUUUCAAUAAGCAUUUCCUCAUCGCAGUACUGGUUGUUGUUAAAGACAUCAGGCGACUGCUUGCUACAAAGCCAGCCAGCUAGCAGGACAGAUUCGUAGCUAGCUAGGAUAGGAUAACGGCAUUUUUCCCAGGAUUGUGGCAGACUUAUCAAGUAAGUUAAGUUACACUAUGACUUGAUGCUGAGUGAUUUAUAAGGAUAGUUUCAUCUUUAGCGCUUAAAUAGACUAACUGAAACCUCUUAAUAUUUAUAUAAUAUUUUGCUAACGCUGUGAAGCUAACCAUCCUUUGCUAACUUAACGUUAGCUGACUAACGUUAGCUCGAUCAGUUAUUGAUAACGUUAAAUUACUUCAUUUUAUUCCUUAGAAGUGACGUGUUGAGACUGUCGUGUGUUAACUUAAAGUUGGCUUGUAAAUGCACUUUAUUGAAUAGACAUAAACAUACUACGAGUCUUACAUCAUAUGUAUCAACGAACCAGCUAGCUGCUAGCUUCUACACCUCUCCGUACAUUUGUCAAUGAAUUAAGUAGAAGCUAGCUAUUAGCCAUCACAUUAGUGACGAAUAACAGGCUAGUUACAUUUGGCAUAUAGAGUAUCUUGUUAUGUCUGUAUACAUAUUUUACUAAUGUAACUAACAUUAGCUAUUGCAGACAGGUAGUAUUGUUUGCUCAUCUCUGUGGCAAAUGCCACCUGCUUCAUUAAGAGAAACAAAGCUGAAAAUCAACUGUCAAGUCACCCAGCUAGCACAAGCAAGCUAGCUAGGCACCAUAGACCAGAUCUGACUGCUCGUAGGAGCCCUCCAUCCAGCCACGGAUCUGCAUGUGCAGUCUGGAACCUCAGUGAUACUUCAUCUAAGCUGCAAACCGACUCCAACAAAAUGUCAGAGUUCAGUAAAGAAGUAGUGGACUUGGUGUGGGGCAGACCGAACAGCAGCGGGAUGUCACCAUCCCUCUUUAGGAGAUGGACCCAGGGUUUCGUUUUCAGCGAAACGGAGCCCACAGCUUUGGAGCAAUUUGAAGGCGGACCUUGCGCAAUUAUUGUACCUGUACAGGCAUUCCUGCUGAAAAACAUGCUGUUCAAUUUUGAGAACUCAAACUGGAGAGAGCUCUCAGGUAAUUCAGUAGUUCAUUUGCUGGUUGCUGCAUUGGCUGCUGAAGAUCUUGGCUUUGAGCGAUUUCACUCCCUGAUUCACAAGCGCACAUUAAACUCAGUGUGUGAGCUGCGAGAGGCUGUGUUGUCCCUCUACGACAGCUGGAGGAACAAAUUUGGAGUUCUGCUCUUCCUCUAUUCAGUCAUCCUCACUAAAGGGAUAGAGAACAUCCGGAAUGAGAUUGAAGACACUACUGAGCCGCUCAUAGACCCGGUAUAUGGCCAUGGCAGUCAGAGCUUGAUCAACCUCCUGGUGUCGGGUCGUGCUGUGUCAAAUGUAUGGGAUGGUGACCGGGAGUGCUCUGGAAUGAAGCUGAAAGGGAUAAAUGAACAGGCCACAGUAGGAUUUCUCACACUCAUGGAGUCGCUGAGGUACUGCAAGGUGGGAUCAUGUCUGAAGUCCCCAAAGUUUCCUGUCUGGAUCCUGGGGAGUGAAACACAUUUGUCAGUGUUCUUCACCAAGGAGUUGGCCUUGGUGGCUCCAGAGUCUCCCUCAGAACAGGCCAGAAGAGUGUUUCAAACCUAUGAUCCAGAAGAUAAUGGCUUCAUUCCCGACACUCUUCUGGAAGAUGUGAUGAAGGCUUUGGACCUAGUUUCUGAACCAGAAUAUGUGAACCUGAUGAAGAGCAAGCUGGACCCUGAGAGCCUGGGCAUAGUGCUGCUAGGUUCCUUCCUCAUGGAGUUCUUUCCAGAGCAGGAUUCUGGGAUUCCAGACUCAUUUCCUGUGUAUCACUACAAUGGCCUGAAGCAGUCCAACCACAACGAGAAGGUGUGUUAUGUGGAGGGCACAGCACUGGUGCUGGGUUUCGAGGACCCCAUGGUACGGACGGAUGACACCCCGGUCAAGCGUUGCCUGCAGACCAAAUGGCCAUACAUUGAGCUGCUGUGGACCACAGAGAGGUCUCCCUCGCUCAACUGAGACACCUCCACCACCCCCACCUCCCGUUCACACAGACGCGUACACAUCCCUCCCCACAACUCAUAACAGGAAUGCUGGAACUUCCAUCACACACACACACCUGUACACACUUACGCAGCAAAAAAAAGCAAUUCACUGUCACAUCAUCAGUACAUAAGGACCCCUGUACUCACGCCACUUAGGAGGCCACUGCAGUGCCUGAACUGAAAA